GCAGAGGGGGCGGCUGCUGCUGCCUGGGGCUGGCUGGAGACGCUGCCGGGCGUCGGUGUUACGGAGCGCGCCGGGGGCCGCAGACGGAGCCAGCGGGACCUGCCGGACUAAGGCGGGGAGCGCAGGGCCCCAUCCCGGGGGUGCAGCUGGUGCCUAGCGAGGAGCGAGCAGCUGGGCGAGCCCUGCCCCGGCUCGAGGGCAGCAGCGGGGGCCGGGCUCCCUCUCUCCGCCCCAGGGGGGCGUGCGCGGCUGGGGAGGGGUUUGGUGUCCCCUGGGCACCGGCAGCCGUCGUGACCCCCCGCCGAAGAUGAAGAGGUGGCUGCUGCCGCUGCUGGGUCUGGCUGCCGGGGCCAAGCCCGGCUAAGGGCAGAGCCGGGGGAAGGGAGCGGAGCGGCCCCCGCGCUGCGCCGUGCGCAGGGCUCCUCUCACCUGGGCUUGGCAAGGAGCCGCGGCAGCUGCGGGGCGUCGUUCGCUGGGCGGCGUGAGCCCGAUCCCGCCCCUGUGCGCGGAGGUGUCAGGAUGCGGGGUGGGACCCGGCAGCCCCUCAGCCCCGCUGCGGGAAGCAGCCCGUGUCCCCACAGCGUCUGACUGAGCCGUUUCUGCCUCAGAGGCGGUGUCGGGGAAAGGAGACUCCGUGUGGAGAAGACGAUGGGGCGGAAGAGUCCUGGGCGGAGAGACACAUGCUACACGCAGUGAGCCCUCUUUUGGGGGGUGGCAGAAAACCGGCCGCCACGCGGGAUCGAGCCCGAGCAACGGCACGAGGCGAGGAAACGGUACGUACCUGUUGUCUAGAAGGACUUGGGUUUGACAACCGCCACCCACACACCUCCAGACGCUGACACCGCCCACUGCCCAAAACGAGGGGUGAGGAGGAGGAGAAAUUUCUCUUUUUAUGCGUGUAUGAAAAGGAUGAAGACUGGCUUCAACGGUGUCCAUUUCUGCCAAGGACAGGCACUGACUCUGCUUUCUCUCUGCUCGAACAUUUUUUAGUUUUAUGGAGGGGGGGAAAUAGAAAAUAAUAAACAUUCACUUCCUCAGAUCAACGAUAAAAAUUCACCUCCCCAGACGAACAAGAAGAAACAGCAGCAAAGCAGCCACUUUGCAUUGAAUCAGGCGGAAGAAAUCCCUCUACAGUGUGUUUCUCCAAAGCUGGAGUUGCAGCUGGGUUUGUGUGUGCUUGCCUUGUGUGCUGUCUCUUUGAGGAGAAGGGGAGGAUUUUCUCUUAGGAAUAUACAUUUUUCUUUUUGUGGUAAAACCUGCUGCCUGAAGGAGUAUUAUAACAAAUCUCUCUGAAUGGUAGAGACUCAACUGGUGAACCUCUUUUUACCCAAAAUGUUGAUUCCCAGAGAAAUCUGAGGGUGUGCUCUUUUGAGGAAAGAACCACCACUCCAUUAAAGAUGAACACUUUUUAAGUUUUGUGGACAACCAGUCUAUUUUGUAAUUCUUUUCUGGUUCUUGUUUUGUGAUAAAUUGCUCUUAUAACCAUAAAAGACUAUUUUAAAUCAGUUGGUAAUUUUGGUGGGGAGGGAAGGAAUACCUCCCAAGCAUUUAUAGUAUGACAGCCUUGGCUUCUCAAGAGUUAAUCAGGGCUUGUGUGAUACAUUUACUACCAUUCUGGUAACAAACUUGCCUUUUUUUUUUUUUUUAAAUUGAGGCUAGUGGGGAGGAUUAUCUUGUCAGAAUAUCUUUGUUUUGGGGGUGUUUCCCUCAUUACACUCCCUUGAUGACUCCUGGAGGUGGUAGUGGGCCCAUGAAAGACUGUGAAUACAGUCAGAUCAGCACACACAGCAGCUCAUCUCCCAUGGAGUCUCCCCAUAAGAAAAAGAAAGCAGCUCCCAAGAGAAAAUGGGAGGUUUUCCCUGGAAGAAACAAAUUCUUUUGCAAUGGAAGGAUCAUGAUGGCCCGGCAGACUGGAGUCUUCUACCUGACUCUGGUUCUCAUCUUGGUCACCAGUGGACUCUUCUUUGCAUUUGAUUGUCCAUAUUUGUCAGAGAAGAUUACACCUGCUAUUCCUGCAAUAGGUGGGAUUCUGUUCUUUUUCGUGAUGGGGACCCUGCUGCGUACUAGUUUCAGUGAUCCUGGAGUCCUCCCACGUGCAACACCAGAUGAAGCAGCAGACCUGGAAAGACAAAUAGGUAACACAGAAGAUAUUGCAAAUGGCUCCAGUUCAGGAGGAUACCGUCCACCUCCCAGAACAAAAGAAGUAAUCAUCAAUGGACAGACAGUGAAACUAAAAUACUGUUUCACUUGCAAGAUUUUCCGCCCACCUCGUGCCUCACAUUGCAGCCUUUGUGAUAACUGCGUAGAACGGUUUGAUCACCAUUGUCCCUGGGCUGUUUCUCCACUGCCUCAUCCCUUUGGCAGCAAGGGACCACUCAACAGCUUGGCAAAAAAACUUCUUAUCCAAGGACAAUAUCCAAGACAAUGCCAGUUUGGCCGACAGGAUAUGCAAGGAAUAGCAGGAUCACAGCAAGCAGGAUUCCUAAAUGCCCUCAAGGACAGUCCAGCAAGUGUGCUAGAAGCUGUCGUGUGUUUUUUUUCCGUUUGGUCUAUUGUUGGUCUCUCAGGUUUUCAUACAUAUUUGAUCAGCUCCAAUCAAACAACAAAUGAAGAUAUUAAAGGAUCUUGGUCAAAUAAAAGAGGUAAAGAGAAUUACAAUCCAUACAGUUAUGGCAACAUCUUUACUAAUUGUUGUGCAGCAUUGUGCGGGCCCAUCUCUCCAAGUCUAAUUGACAGAAGAGGAUUUAUACAGCCAGAUACCCCACAGCCAGCAGCACCAUCAAAUGGCAUUACAAUGUAUGGGGCAACACAGUCUCAGAGCAACAUGGCUCGGGUGAUGUAUGACUUUGCUGCUGAACCUGGAAACAAUGAGCUGACGGUUAACGAAGGGGAGAUCAUCAUAAUUACCAAUCCGGACAUAGGUGGAGGUUGGUUGGAAGGAAAAAACAGCAAAGGAGAGAGGGGACUUGUUCCAACAGAUUAUGUUGAAAUUCUAACUGAAGGUGCAAAAGAUGGAUUUCCUUGUGGCAAUUCAGUAGCUGACCAAGCCUUUUUUGAUUCCCUCUCCUCAAGUACAGCUCAGAUCAACUCAGCUGCUAAAAACAAUAACCAGGUGGACUCUUUGGCACCUGUUGCUCAGACUGGUAAUCUGGAAAACCUUAGCCAGUCACCUCCUUCAACUCAUCCUACAAGACAGGUCAACAGUGCCCAUGACCCCUGGUCAAAUUGGAAAUCUGGAAAUGUGGACAAUGCAAAUUCUGGUGAUGCCUGGGCAACCAAACCUGAAAGUGCAGCGGGGCAGAAAAACACCACUUCGAACAACUGGGAGGGAGCAGCACAAUUUGGGCACCCUCAGGCCUAUCAAGGCCCAGCGGCUGCUGAUGACGACGAUUGGGAUGAUGACUGGGAUGAUCCAAAAUCAACGGCACCAUCUUACCUUGGCUAUAAGGAGAGUGAGUCUUCUGAGGCCGGGGGCCCACAGCGUGGAAAUUCUCGUGCAGCUGCCAUGAAAUUACCACUUAACAAAUUCCCUGGAUUUGCAAAACCUGGAAUGGAACAGUAUCUGUUGGCAAAGCAGCUAGUAAAACCCAAAGAGAAAAUUCCCAUAAUUGUUGGAGAUUAUGGUCCUAUGUGGGUUUAUCCUACCUCUACGUUUGACUGUGUGGUGGCAGAUCCCAAAAAAGGUUCCAAAAUGUAUGGCUUGAAGAGCUACAUUGAAUAUCAGCUAACAUGUACUAACACUAAUCGAUCUGUCAACCACAGAUAUAAACACUUUGAUUGGUUAUAUGAGCGUCUCCUGGUUAAAUUUGGAUUUGCUAUUCCAAUCCCAUCUCUUCCCGACAAGCAAGUCACAGGGCGCUUUGAAGAAGAAUUUAUCAAAAUGCGCAUGGAGAGGCUGCAGGGUUGGAUGACCAGGAUGUGUCGUCAUCCGGUUGUUUCAGAAAGUGAAGUUUUUCAGCAGUUCCUCAAUUUCCGGGAUGAAAAGGAAUGGAAAACUGGGAAGAGGAAGGCAGAAAAAGAUGAGAUUGUGGGAGUAAUGAUCUUUUCUACUAUGGAACCCGAAGCGCCUGACUUGGACAUGAUAGAAAUAGAACAGAAAUGUGAUGCAGUAGGCAGAUUCACCAAAUCCAUGGAUGAUGGAGUUAAAGAGUUGUUGACAGUGGGACAAGAACACUGGAAACGUUGUACUGGACCAUUACCCAAGGAAUAUCAGAAGAUAGGAAAAGCCUUACAGAGUCUGGCACUGGUUUUCAGCACCAGUGGUUACCAAGGAGAAUCUGAUCUCAAUGAAGCAAUAACAGAAGCAGGAAAAACAUAUGAAGAAAUUGCCAGUCUCGUGGCAGAACAGCCAAGGAAAGAUCUCCAUUUUCUGAUGGAAACUAAUCACGAAUACAAGGGAUUUCUCGGUUGCUUCCCUGACAUUAUAGGAGCUCACAAGGGAGCAAUAGAAAAAGUGAAGGAAAGCGAUAAAUUAGUCGCAACCAGUAAAAUAACACCACAGGAUAAGCAGAACAUGGUGAAGCGUGUAAGCACCAUGGCUUAUGCAUUACAAGCGGAGAUGAAUCAUUUCCACAGUAACCGGAUUUAUGACUACAAUAACGUGAUCCGCCUGUACCUGGAACAGCAGGCACAGUUCUAUGAAACGAUUGCACAAAAGCUGAGGCAGGCACUUGGCCGCUUUCCGGUGAUGUAGAAAUAAACUGGGAUGGAUAAUGAAGAACGACUCCGAAGUGCUUUUCUGAUUUGGGGGCAAUGCGACUAAAAAGUUUUAGUCUUUGUCAUCCAAGAAACCAAAAAACACCACACCAAAAGGAAAAAAAUCUGAACUGCAAAAAAAGUUAAAAUAAUUUAAGAUGUUUACUUUUAUCCGCCUUAGUCUUUGCCAUCCAAAACAAAAACAAAAAAAAAAUCUGAAUUGCAAAAAGAGUGACAAUAAUUUGAUGUUUACUUCUUCAGCCUAAAUGCACCAGUUAUUUAGGUAUAUAUUUAUCUUGAACACUCUCCCUCCAUAUCUGUCUUUUAAACAAAAGCUGUCUCUUGCUGGAAAGUGCUUUCAGUUGUAGGGAUUGAAAUUGUCAAACUAUUCUGCGUUGCCAUGGAUUACAAACAGAUUCAUGGUUUGUCAUAAAUUCUUCCAGUUUACUCUUAACUAGUGUCAGAUGACGAGGUAUUUUUUCAUUUAAAAAAAGUGAAUAAGCCAGAAAAGAUGGUUUUUAUAUUUUUUAUUUUCCUUAUAUACCAUUCAGCCUUUUGUUGGCAUUCUUUUCAGCAGUUAUGUAAAGUUUGUGUAUGUUUCAGUUGCACACUCAAGAUAAACUCUUAAUUGUUUUGUUUGGUGACCAUUUUGCUCUAUAUGGUUGUGCUUUCCAACAUGUACUUCCAGCACGCAGUCUCCAUAACAUGCUGGCUGGCAAAUUGUUCACUUUUUUCCAUAAUUACUUAAUAUUCCGUUCUUGUGGAACAAAGCCUUAGAGCUUGUGUGUGUGUGUUGGGCUUUCCCUCCCUUCCUGGCCAUGCACUGUGCAAAGAAGAGACAUUAACCAAGGAAAGAGCCAUUCCAGGAAUCUGGAAAAAUAUUCUUUCACACCAGCAGUCUGAUCACAUUAAAUAUUAUGCAGCCAUGGGCUACCUCUAAUAAGGGUACUCAGUGCUGUGUCCUGGCCAUCAUCCUCCCCUUUGCCCUACAGAAGUCAGAGUAUCUGCGGAGAUGACACUUCCAGUCACUUUUGACCCCAAGUGACAGGAGUUCCCAGAUUACUACCCAACUCAGGUUUUCACAUAGUAGCGCAACAUGCUACUGGCUCCCAUUUAGCUUUAAAAAAAUCCACAGCCACUUAAAAGGGGGCGGGGGGGUGUAGAAUUUCUAGUGCAAACUGAAGCGUGACCUCUGAGGUGUUGAAUAAAAUCCAGGAUGAGUGGCAAAUAAGUUAUUAAAAAUAUUAUAGUUGUAAAUGAGGUAUGGUGUUCACAGCACACGAAUGGCACAGUUAUUGUCUUUAUUAGCAAAGUGCCACUAAACGACUAGACUUUAGGCUAACUUAUAUAUAGUUACCGUCCAGUAUUUCACUUAAUGCCACAAGCAAGCCAGGAUGCCAAACUGCAGCUUUUGCUAAAAAUCUUCCCUCAAAUAUAAACAACUUAAGGAAUAAUUUAUUUUACCCACAAAGCCAUGUUAAGUGACGGGUACAUUCUGUUGGUUCUAUUGUUGCCUUACUCUGUUGUGUAUUGCUGUCAUUUUUGUGAAAUAUUUUUACAAUAAAAGAAAAAUCUGGAUCUGCCUGAAUAACAUGAAGCAAACAAAUCACUAAGCCUGAGUCCAGAUGCUCUUUAGUGGCAUGGGUUUUGUUCAUAUUUUAUAAAUACUUUGUUUUCCCUCAAUUUAGUUUUCUUCCAAAUUCCAUAGAGCCAUUUCAAUAUAUGUACAAAUUGUAAAGAAUGUGUAUAAACGUUUUACACCAAAUGUAAGAUCUUUCCUGCAUGUAGAAGCAACUUAUAAAAUAAAUUGUUACGAUGUGUACAGUAAAUUCUGAAAGCGCCUUUUCAAAGAAACAUUUUUUUCAGCCUUUGUAUAUUGAUUUUGCAGUGAUGAAAGUUUUUUGUAACUGGUUCUUAGCUGGGAGGAUGUCUUUUUACCAAGCUUUGAGCUGACCCUGAU